CCAAUACAAGGCUUAGGAUUUCAUACCUUGUAGAUGCAUGUCCACCUCCUGUGCUUGUUAAUGACGAUUCUAGCUUAGGAUUUUACUUGGCUUUAAAAAAAAUUGACACUGAGUAUGCUAAGUUUCCUUUGUGUGUUGAAUUGUUUACUGGUGAUUCUUGUGUUAAUGAACCAAUGUCAUUUGAGCAUUCUGCAUUUGCUGUCAAUGUUUCUUCCAAGUCACCAGCGAUUAAUGUGUUACAACAAGAUAUGUCUGCCAAUGUUCUUCCAAUUGAUCUCAAUGUAGCUGCCACUGCUUCACUUGAUCUUAAUGUGUCUGCUGGUUUUAAUCAGUCCAUGACUUCUGAAGAUACACAUUCAUCUUCUAUUGGAGUCUCAGUUUCAGCUUGUCCUUUUGAUCCUUUGGAACAUGAUUUAAUAGUUUCUAGGAGUUCUAGUGACACUUCAUCAAGUCAAGCUGUUAGUUUGAAUUCAAAUGGUCAUUUGGAUUCACUUUUUGUGGUUCCUAAUUUUGAAGUUGUUUCUCAGUUCCAUCCAACUCAUAUAGCCAUAGAUGCCGUAUACCAAACUAAACAGGCUUUAAGUUUCCAUUUAAAGGUUUAUGCCAUUUCAAACCACUUUCAAUAUAUGACCAAAACAUCAACCAAGAAAGUAUUGCAUGUUAUUUGUGUUGAUGUGGAGAACUGCAAGUGGGCUGUUCGUGGAGUGAGAUUGUCUGGAAGUAACAUGUUCCAAAUUAAAAGGUUCGAUUCUGAUCAUACAUGUUCUAUUGAUUUUAGGCAAGGUCGGCAUCGUCAAGCGACAGCUGAUGUUAUUGCAGAACUUAUUAAACACAGAUAUGCAGAUGCAUCUCGAAAACCGUAUGCUCCUAUUGACAUUAUUGUGGACAUGAAUAGAGACUAUGGUGUGAUGCUUCCUUACAAAAAAGCAUGGAAUGCGAACAAAAAGGCUCAGAUAAAAUCAAUGGGGUCCGAUGAGGAGUCUUACCAGCUUAUGCCAUUCAUUUCACAUGUUCUAAGAGAAAAAAAUCCAGGCUCAAAGAUAUCACUUAUUAUUGAUGAUCAUGAUCGUUUUAAGUAUUUUUUCAUGUCAUUACAUCCAUGGUUUGAAGGCUGGAAACAUUGUGUUCCAGUCCUUAUUAUUGAUGGUUCCUUCAUGAAGUCUUAUUAUAAAGGGACUUUAUUAACAGCAUGUGCCCAGGAUGCUAAUGACCAGAUUUUCCCGUUGGCGUUUGGUGUGUGUGACACUGAACGAAAGGACACGUGGCUUUGGUUGUUUAAGAUGCUCAAGGAAACUCUUGCUCAUAGAGAUGACUUAUUUAUUGUCUCAGAUCGUCAUGAGGGGAUUAUUCAUGCAGCAAGGGUAGUUUUUCCACACGCUGAACAUGGAUAUUGUGUUCAACACAUUUUAGGGAACAUUAGAACAAAGUUUAAAGGUUGUGAUGGGUUGGCAUGGAAGUUUAACCAGGCAGCCAGGGCUGCCUCUCCUGCUGAACUUGAAGAGUAUUUAGCUUUACUGGAUUCUGAAGACGCGGGUAUUCGUCCUUAUUUGAGUGCUAUUGGUUUUGAGAAGUGGACCCGUUGUUACAGUAGGCGCACUAGGUACUCUGUGAUGACAUCCAACAAUGCUGAGUCAAUGAAUUCUCUAGAUCGUAUCCCUCAGGAGUACCCUAUAGCAAAGUUGAUUGAUUUCCUUCGGGGCAGGAUGCAGAAAUGGUUCUGUGAACGUCGAGAAAAUGCUGAAAAGAAUAAAACUAUUCUUUCUGAAUAUUUUGAGACCAAGUUACGUUCUUUUCAUGCUCAGUCAUCUAUGAUGCUGGUGAAGCCUGCCAGUGCGUAUGAGUUCGAAGUUGUGGACAAAACCUCCAGAAUCUUUAUUGUUAAUUUGAAAGAAAAGACAUGUUCGUGUCGUGUUUUUCAACUGGAGCAUUUUAUAUGUGUUCACGGGGUUGCUGCAGUUGGUCACCGUCGAGGUUUAUCAUGUUAUGACUACAUCUCUAACUAUUAUUUCACACAUGCAUGGCUUAGCACAUAUAGUGGAGAGAUGCACCCUAUUGGUUCUUGGUUUGAUUGGGAGAUUCCAGAUCAUGUGAAAUCAGUUGUGUGCAAACCACCUACAUGUUUGACACGUCCUCCUGGUAGACCCAAAAAGAAGCGCAUACCCUCAACUGGUGAAUUUCCAUCACGUCAACGUUGUUCUCGGUGCAAGAAAGGUGGCCACAACAAAAAAUCUUGCACAAAUCCUAUAUCUGUUUCAAGAGCUUAAUAUGUCUAUUCCCAGUUGAACAUUGUUUCUUAUAUGAACUUUUGUACUUAACAAAGAUUAAUGUCAUUCUGUUUUAUGACAUUUAAUGUCAUUUAUGCUAUUCUAUGUAAUGUAUAUUCAAUGGAAUGGCUUAUUAUUGAAGUUUUUACCAA